UUUUCGAGUGAUUUUUCUAAAUUGCUUUUUUUUUCAAUUUCAAUGAUCCUGCGACUCGUAUCGACGUUCGAAACAAAAAAAUUAUGGGAUCGUACAAACCAGUGACUGAAUCUGUGCUGCAACAUUUAGUUUCCAUCGUCUUCGGGGUUUUCAAUGAAAAUAGAAACUUUGGUGUACGAGCGAUAACUAAAAAUCGAUCGAGCUCCGCUGUACUCGCGAAUAGUGCAACUCCGAUACCAUCUUUCCAUCUACGAUGCAAGGCUUUCAAUCACUGUUUUUUGCUCACCAUUAUUCUCGCUUAUUCUCGUGAAUCAAUGAAAUUCUGGCCUUUUUCAAUGGUGAAAAAUGUGAUCCGUUCAGAGUGGAAUCGCUUCGUGGAGUUCAAUUGUCAAAAAGUGUAUUUGAGCGUUCUUUUAUCGUUGGAAACACUGUGCGUGACCCUCGAUUUGGUGGAAAAAUGUUGUGACUUACGUGGAAAUCGGUGCAUCGCGAUCAGUGACUUUUUCAUUGAUAAUCCAACAUCAGUAUCCAUCGAGUUGACCGAUUCGUUGCUCACUUGAAAAAUUGGCCUACGACGGAAUAGUUUUUCGAGUCGCCGAUACUCUUUACUCGAAAUUACAAUACUUUCGAUCUCAAACGUCCCAAAAUAUCCCAAGCGAUGAGAUUAUACGAGACUUUUGACGAGGGAUUCGACUGUCCCACUUUUUCUCGUUCAACUUGUAACGAUGACGAUGAAAAAUCACAAAUAUUCCGUCUCUGUGGCCGAUUCACUUGCCUCUGGUCAUGCGUGAAUCUGAUCGACCGACAAAAGGCUUCAAUUUAUAAAUAAUUUUUUGUUCCCAAUCGCUCAGUCAUUUCGAAUGAGAAUGAAAUUCAAAGAAAUCCACUUUUUUUAAGUCCAACUCAAUCAAGUCGACUCCAGUUUCUAUAAAAAUAACCGUCGACGAAUUAACGAGCGUUAUUAAUAGUGUCAUUGAUGAAAAUAUUUAUCCGCACGGUUCAGCUGCUCCGACGAGUUAAUGUCGCCCGGAAACAUAAAAGUUUUGGAAAAUAAAAAGAGUGGGUAAAACGUCUGAAGAUUUUCCUCGUCAACGACGAAAAAAAUUGAUACAAUUUGUUGAUUCCGAGAGACAGAUAUUUUCUGUGACAAAAAUCGUUAAUCGAUUCUCCAUUCAACCGGAAGUUGACUUGUCAACUGGAAUGCGGAGAUAAAUGGACGAGACAAUAGAAAAAAAGGAGCGAAAAGAGCAUCAUUAAGAGCUUGAACGGACUGACUGAUCACCAUGAAGCUCCCAUUACGUGGACAACUUGCUUCGUCCUUCUCUUUUAGCACCCUCUUUCCCUUCCUUUCAUAUCUGGCUUCACCCUCUUGGUUCUCGAAACACGUGACGUGCACUUUGUGCCUAUUGUCGGUCACGUGCCAUUUUAAUAUCGGAGGACCAUUGUGUCACGUGUCGAGAUACCAAUCGCUUUCGGGCUCGACUAAAUAACACUCUUAUCAGGAGCCAUUUCUCUCUUUUUCGUAAAAUAAAAUGUAUCGAUUCGAUGCACUGCGAAAAUAGAACGAUUGUAAAACCUGGCUUGGCUCUUCGAAAGUAUAAAAUCAAACUCCAAACCUCCAAGGUCUGAUGGAAGCUUGUAUCGAUAAAGAAAACAAAUCAGAAUGAGCGCUGAAUUACACGAAUGACUGAGAACCUGAAUCGCGACGAUAUCGAAAAGUAUGGCGAAAAAAAUUGGACCAACUCUAAAACCCUGCUGCUGCAAAUGGCACAUUAUCGCAGUUGAAAUACCUUUACGAGUAAUCCAGAAUCGAGGAAAUGGAUCCAUUCGUUCGAGCAUGUAGGAAAAUGUCAGGAUUAAAAUUGGACACACGAGGAUAUGAUAUUUAAUAAAUCAUCUAUCUUUAUUCAACAUUCGAACAGAUAAGGCAAUACAAUGACGUGUGUUCCCUUCGAAUGGUGGUGUUGAACUGCGCUCGUCUCGCUCCUCGAGUCGCCGAUCUUUUAUUUAUCGUUAUUAUAAUUAUUAAUGCUAUAAAUAAUGAAAUUUUUUUUCAAAUCAACCCUUCUCAGUCAACUGCACCAGGAUAAUUCUUCCUGAUAUUUUCCAUUGGGACUGUUGAUUGUAAAAUAAUUUAUCAUACCGAUAUAUCAAUUGCAAAUAAUGGUUGUGAUCGAUCAUUAUUUUUUAUUUCGUCCUCCACGGUCUUGUUAUAUCGUACUCUCCAUGAAUCUCCGCCGCGUUUUUCUCUCCCUCGGGCAUGGUUUUGGGAGCGUACGAAGAUUAAGGGUGGAUGGGCCUACCACUCCAAAUAAACACUACUUCACAUCAACCCCUCGUUUUAUAUACACGCCAAAAGCUUUCUGUGGUACAUGGCAAGGGUUUUCGAUGUCUCGGGUAUUUUAUACGUUUGUGUGAGCCACCCUAUUUUAUAUUACGAGUCGAAAGAGAACCUCCGCUGUAGAGAGAGAGAGAGAGAGAGAGAGAGAAGUGGAAGGAGGAAUUUGCGGAGUCGCGGAGAUUUAUCGACUCGAAUUUUUCUCACAGACGAACGUUCGAUAACAUCGAGCAAUCGAGAUAUUGAGCAACGAAUUGAUUGAGUUGUACCAUAAUCGGAAGUUUUAUUCAAUUGGAUUUUCAGGACUCGAAGAUUGACGAAAACACUGGUCGAUCGUCGAAAUAUCGCGAGGAUUAAUUAUGAAUUUCGAAAAAAGUGCUCGAAACGUCGAAAGAUUUUAAAAUAAUUAUUCGAGUGAAUCAUUCGACACGUUGAUAUUCAGUUUUGAUGGACGAUUUUCCAGGGGCUGCAUAAAAAUACCAUCGUAGGGCUAGAUAUAAAUCUGAGGCAACCCCAAUAAUUGAAAAAAUGUCCGGAUUCGCGGCGGCGGGGCUUGGGGCCUUCGAAUCCAUCAAGUCGAAAGCCUCGCAAAAACUUUCGGGGCUAAGAGCGAGAAGAAGCAAUGCCGGAUACGAAGAAUUUGAGAUGCCUCCGAAUGAGGAAAGCAAAGACAAUAUGGGAUUCGAAGACGAAAAAGGAUUUCGUGGCGCUUCAUUUGACUCGAUACCGGAACCGGAAAGACCGCCAUUGCGUCACAUCGACACUUACUGCAUGCCCGAGUGUCCUUGUUUGUCCAAGAGGUAUACGGUAGCAUUGCUCGCUUGUAUAGGAUUUAUUAUUUCGUUUGGUAUGCGUUGCAACAUGGGAAUGGCGAAGGGGAUAAUGAAAAAUGAGACGGAUCAAACGGGGGCUUUGAAAUACAAUUACACCGUUGCGGUUCAGAGUGCCUUGGAUUCGUCAUUUUUUUGGGGUUACUUAGUCACUCAAGUGCCAGGAGGAUUUUUGGCCUCCUUCUAUCCGGCAAACAGAAUAUUCGGUCUCGCGAUUUUAAUAUCAUCGUUCCUGAAUCUACUCGUGCCGGGGGCGCUCGAGAUCAACCCGAUGAUCGACAUAGUCGUCCAGAUCUUGAAAGGACUUUCCGAGGGUUUAACGUAUCCGGCUUGUCACGGUAUUUGGAAAUAUUGGGCACCUCCGUUGGAGCGAUCGAGAUUGGCGACGAUUGCUUUUUGCGGUUCUUACGCCGCGAUGGUAAUUGGAAUGCCGUUGUCUGCUCUCCUCAGCGAUUGGUUCGGGUGGCCCGCGUCCUUCUACUUCUACGGUGUAUGUGGCAUCAUUUGGUACUGCUUUUGGCUAUGGUUAGCCUUCGAAAAGCCGUCAAAGCAUCCUUGCAUUUCCGGCAAGGAGCUCCGCUACAUCGAGGAUUCUUUGGGCCAGGCCCAAGGCCAAGUCCAAGUACCACAACCAACGUUUUCAACGACGCCCUGGAACAAAUUCUUCACUUCGAUGCCCGUACACGCUAUAAUAGUCGCGAAUUUCUGCAGGUCGUGGAACUUUUAUCUCCUCGUGUUGUUUCAGUCCCAAUUUAUGCAGGAUGUCUUCAAGAUGACUCUCGUCGAAACCGGUAUCGUUGGAUCUCUGCCUCAUUUAUUGAUGACCAUCAUCGUCCCGUGCGGUGGGAUGCUCGCCGAUCAUUUGAGAAAACGUGGAAUAAUGUCGACGACGACCGUACGAAAACUCUUCAACUGCGGUGGCUUCGGUAUGGAAGCACUUUUUUUCCUGGUUGUAGCUCAUGCAACCACUAACAGGAACGGAGCAGCCGCCACCACGGCUCUAACCAUCGGCGUCGCCUGCAGUGGCUUCGCCAUUUCCGGCUUCAAUGUCAAUCAUCUUGAUAUCGCACCAAGAUACGCCAGUAUUCUCAUGGGCAUGUCCAACGGAAUAGGAACCAUCGCGGGUCUGCUUGUGCCUAUAUUUGUCGACAACAUUACCAAGAAUAAGGAUGCUCACAGUUGGAGGAACGUCUUCAUCAUGGCAGCAUGCGUUCACUUCUUCGGGGUCACCUUUUACGGAAUAUUUUGUUCGGGCGAACUUCAACCCUGGGCUGAUCCAACCCUCGAAGAACAGCAAAGCUGGAACCCUCUCGAUGACCUUGGCCAAAAGAAACCUCCGGUGCCACCACCGCCUCAAGUCAUGCAGUCUGAAUUCAUCAAACGGCCAUCAAUGGACGCGAAUGCCGGAUGGAACGACAGUGGUCCGCCGCCUCGUCCGAGCCAGACGUACACGGCACAGGAUCGAAUCGAUCAAAACACCGUGAUAAAUUACGGGUCGACCGAAACAAACGCGAGCAAUCCUUUCCACUCGACUAAUCCAUUUGCCACUGACCUGAGCACGUCGAUGGUGCAACCACCGGCCAGGGACGAUUACGCGCACGACGUUUACGCCGCCUCGGAUCCGAAUUUUACGAGCACGAGUGAGAGACAAGGCGUAACUUCGAGCCAGCAAGAACCUUAUGGGUGGAACAGCAACGCCACCGUGAGCGAGCAUCAACAGUGGGAAUGAAGAGACACGACCCUUCGUUUGAGGUUAUCCAAAGUUCACUUCAGCCAGCAAGGUCAGCUAUCGAACUUUAUUUAAUAACUAUUUCUUCAAUCGCAUAUCGCUGACGAUCAUUACUUCAUCGUGACUAGGAAAAAGUACGUAAGUUUAAUGAAACAAAAGAUUAACGGGAAGCCGAAAAAGGUAUAAUAAUGGGAACGGGGUCUCACGGUGAUAUGCUUAAUACAUCGAGAGUCGCUGAACCCACGAUGAUUUUUACGAACAUUUUUUGUCCCCUUUUCGUUCUACUGACUCGACGACGUUUUCCUCCGUUGAGAUGUAUCACUGUCACUGUCGUUUGAUAGAUAAAAAAAAUCUUCGACUCGAGGUUUAUCUUUCCGUUGUUAAUAAUAUUGACAUCAGGGACUCGGGAAAAGCAUUUUUUCAAAUUGGAAGAAAUGACAAAAAUUUAGAGCCAUCACCGCGAAUAUCACUUUGCACUGAGAAAGUUGGUUAUUGAAAGAAAGUCAUUUAUCGACUCGACGAAAAUGUCUUUUGUUCUAUUUGAAAGAAAUUUGAGAUCCAAGAGUUGUUGCCGAGAGACUCGGUAGAGCCUGGGGACAAGUCCAUUAACACUGUCGAGACUAUUUUAUCGAUUCGAUGAAUUGAAUCGUUCGGCGUGUGAAAGCUUUCGCAGUUCCGUUCAGAGAUUUAUUUGCGCGAUGAUUUUUUAGGCGAAGAAAAUCUGAGCACAUUCGCAGCAUUCGUAUUGGUGACAGUGCAAAUUCCAAUUGAGAGAAAACCAUUGUCUCGAAUGAGGUUUGACCAUAGUUUUUAUUUGAGUAUCCAACACCCUGACUUUGCAUACGAUUAGAGAUUGCUUCCCUGACACAAUGUCGAGGCAAUCACCCUGUGACUCCGUUAUACGAAAACUCCCAAUACGGGAAGGUUUUGGUUUUUAAUGUAAUUGAAGUGGUUCCUGGCGAGAAACGAAGUUAGCAGGACGAGAAUGAUCCAGGACGAUCGUAAUUUUCAUAGAUGAAUUUUACUUCGGCGCUGCAGACGGUGUUGCUGCGAGUGAUCGCCUAACGAAAGUAUUAGAAUAUAAGAAACGAAGGAAAGUAUAUAUUUAUGGCAAUAUAAAAGGGAAAGAGACGGAGAGAAAUAAUGAAAACGUGCGCUACUUUUGGAUAAGUUGAUCAAAACGAAUUUCCAGAGUGGCCUAUUUUGUAUAAAUUUAUGAAAACUGGCACAAAAAUUCGUAUCGUACAAAAAAAAAAAAAAUAAAAAACACGAGAGGAAAGUACAGAGUCGAAUUUAUAGAGUGCAAACUGACAAAGUGUCACUGGAAUAAUUUUUGUUUUAUUUUUUUUUUCGAGUUCUAUAACGACCAUACUUUUUGAGACUCUUCGUCGUGAAGGAAUUGUUCUACGGCUUAAGGAAAGUAAAUAAAGAAAGACAAUAUAUCGCACAUGUUAUACAAAUCGCACUCGACUUUCCAAGUCGAAAAAAACGUUCUAAGGGACAAUAAUGAGAACAGGAGUGGACGAUAAUAAUUUUACAAACUCCUCGAUCGGGAGGUUCUGUUUGAUGAUUGAGCACUUGUUAAAUUCGCACGAAAACUUUAGCAAUUUACAUUUUUUCGUAAAGUCUGAUUCGAUAAUAACGUUUAUAUUUAUCUCGAUUGUUUUAAGCAGGGAGACAAUAAAAUUGGAAUAUAUCGAAGAUGAAAAAAAAAAAAACAGACCUUUUAACGUUUAAAGGGACCGCGGAAAAUGAAAUAAUGGGUUGAAAUUUUUGCCUCAUUGACAAGCAGCCUAACUGCGAGAAUUCCAGCAAAGAACGAUAAAUGGAAAUGAGAAUUUCUCUACAAUGAAGACAGAGAUGAAAAAGGAUAAUAAUAGUUGUGAAUUAUUUUUGGGUCGCAGGACGAUUGUUGAGUGCAUAAAGUCACGUGAAUAAAAAAUCGAAACGAACGAAAGUGCAUCGCGAGAUGGAUUGACAAGGAAAUGAAAGCAUUUGAAAAAAAUGAUAAUUCGAUUGGUUUAAGAUAGAUUUUUUCUUCUUCAACACCCAAAUAUUAAAGUCCCAUGUUAAACGAACAAAUAUAUUUUAUUUCAAACCAUUUUUUUUUCAUAAGCAUUCCAAAAUCCAGCAUCCAUCACGAGACAUCGUCACUAAAAAAAAUUGUGAGUAAUUACAUCGUUCAAAAGUUUAUGGAGCGAUGGGACGUAGCUGGAACGAAGUAGAAUGUCUGUUUUCUGUUAUUCUUCAACUGUAUACUCGUCGUGGGUUGUAUUCUAGUGAUUCGGGAGAAAAAUAUAAGUUUGAAAGAGACCGCGUUCUCGGUUAAAAAAUCGAGCAAUCUAUUUUAAAUUUUGCUCGAUAUUCAUAAAAUUAGUCAAUUGAGUCGAGACCUUUUUCAAACUGAGUGUCGAGGCAUUAAAAAAAUAAAAAUUAUGGAAAUAAGGAUGAGGCGGAAGAAAGUAUUAAUAUUACGAAACAACGUAAUGUAUCGAUAUAUACUCAAAAUAUGUUUAUGCCAUCAUAGGUAGACAUGGUAUAAUAUUACAUUUUAUAUAUAUGUGUAAAUAAAUAUGUGUGUGAACAUAUUUAUAGCCAUACACACAUAUUUAUGUACGUAUAUAGAGCUAUAUACAUAUAUAAAUAUAUUGACAAGAUUAUUGCAAGUUUGAAAAAGUUUAUUCUCAGCCCAUAACGAUCUAUCAUCGCGUUGUACGCGUAUGAUUUAAUAAUCGUAGCUGGUAUACUAAAGAAAGGCAAUAGUGUGAUUAGGGAGUUAGAGAAAAUUUGUUGCUCGAAGAUAACGAUAAAGUGUAAAUUUCUUAUUAUAAACAAAAGAAAAAUAAUCGUGAAUAUAAUCGAAGCAUUUCGAGGAUUUAUUGAAACUCUAUAACCGAAAUUGAAAACAGUGGUAUUCAUAGUGCUAUUUUCUUCCAUUUUGACGUCUUUGUAAUACUAAAUUCCGCAAUUUUCAUGAUUUUUAACACCAGCGAUAAAAAGCAUUUGAAUUAUUGAUCGGGGAGAUUUUUGAGCGAACUAUAUCGAGUGUCAUCUACACGUGCAAUUCAUUCUUAUCGUUAUUCGUUUGUUCCGAAUAUGAAUAAUAAUAUGCAAGUGAGUCAAAGAAAUACACGGACUUUGAGUGAAUCGUGUAGAAUAUUUCGUGGAAAAUGAUUCGGAAGAGAAUUAGUUUCGAUUUUUCCGAUUGAGAGAACCAAAUUUAAGUUGGACCAUCACACAAAAUGUUUCAUCGAAAUAAUAUUCGAGGAUUCAUUUUUCUCUUAAAACUAAAAUCUAGCUCAUCACUCGCGCUGCAUUAAUACUAUUCUUCGCUUGAUACAUUGUUAAGGAAAAUAAUAGCCGUUGUGAUUGUCGUACGAUUGCGUUGAUUAACGAAAAUGAUUUUAGAGAGCUUGGCAAGGAUGACUCAGCUUCGUCCACGCAUAAAAUAAUAUUGCGUUAGGGAAUGUACAUUCGUCAACUGUGCAUUGGAGUAGUGACUGGCCUAAAGUUAUUAAAGGUUUAAAUUCGAGAUGUUAAAGGAGAUGCAGUCAGAGGUGGCAAGAACGAAAGGAAAAAGAGACUCGAGAUAGCUUCGAUUAUUAUCAUUAGUAUUAAACGAUAAAUUCAAAUGAGUUAUUAAGAAUGAGAAAAAUAUAAAAACCAACAACUAGACUAAGUUCUAAUGCUGUUCGAACAAUAAUACGGAUAUAUUUAUAGAGAUAUAUAUAUCCAUAGAUAAUUUUACGACAAUAAAUAUUAAAUCUCGUGUGGAGAGUGCUCGAGAGAGCAAACUGUGUGUGUGUGUGUGUGUGUGUGUGUGUGUGUUUUUUCCGACUGAUUAUUGUGAGCUUCGUUAUUAAAUGAUACGAAUGACAAAAUAAUACGUUCAUUAUUUUUUUCGCUAAUGAGAUUUUCAAAUAUUCGUCCGAAUUGAGAUCGUCACGAUGAUUUCCACGUGGAAAAACAUUGGAAAAGUAGGACAAAUGCAAUUGAGCCUGCUGGCAUCUCUGGAUUCUCCAUUCCAUCUUCCGAUUGAUUUACAACAGCGUUUGCAUAUAUAAAUAUACACGGACUUAUGAACGACUUUUUUUAGCGAUGGAGCUUUUUAGAAGAACUCAAUUAUUAUUUUCAUUGAAGAAUGAAAGAAAUAUUUAUACAUAUACGAAUAGCUUUCAAGAAAAAUUAUUUUCAUUUGAAUUGUAAAUACGUGUCCUUAACACUUGUCAAUAUGAUGAAUAUACAUACAUAUAUUUAUUUAUAUGUAUUAUAUUCCAUCGUCUGAAAUGAGUUGACGUGAGGAAGCAUUCUCAAUUAGCAAAUAGGCUUUCCACGAUCGUCUCGUGUCUCGUGAGAACAUUUCAUGACAAUUAUUCAUUUUUCUCCUCACAAUCUCAUUUCAAAGAUGAACGAUUCGGUGGUGCGAGUGUGUUUGAAGCGUGAAUAAAAUAUAGAUUAUUUGAGUGUAUCAAGUGAGGCUUUGGAAGUAUCAAAAAAUGAUACCACGUUCGUAAAGUCAAAAUGGUUGUCAGAUAAAAGUACUUGACAGUUAAUCAUUGAUGUUGCGUAGUAUCCUACGAAAAGUGAGUAUUUUUUCGUCUUCUCAAUUAAUCGUACAGCUUCUUCAUAUUCGUGCAUUUUUUCUUAAAAUGAGAACCAACAUUUGGCGAUAAGCCGCAUAUCCUGCAGAUAAAGAUCGAGCGCUCGCUCGAUCCAUGGGAGCGCGUAGAAAAUUCAUGACAAUAAACGCACACCCUUGACGUGUGGAACUGCAAUAUAAAAAAUUGCAAUUUACGAGAAAUUUGGAAAUAUAGCAAUUUAGAGAAUCGAUUAAUUGUUUUUUCGCAGUGUCCUUCGGACGAGAUGCGUCUUUCGGUGUUUCGCUCUAAUUUUCACCCGGUAAAGAAAAAUACUCACUUAGCUAUAAAAAAAACUGAAUUAUACCAUUUUCUCGAAAUAUCGGAUAUUUAAAUCUGCUGAGAUUGCUGCGUAAAUUUUUCUUUGGUGUCUAAAUAUAUUAUUAUCGACGAUGCAUUGUAUAUAGAUAUGCUCGUAGAUGUAUAUAAAUAUAUAAAUAUAUAUUCAUCUAUGCUGCGUGUUUGAAUAAUUAAAAAAAAAAAAAAAAAAAAAAAAACAAGUUAAAUACUCAUCAGGCACUGAAAAAAUGCAGAUAAAUACCGACAAAAAUAUACACACUUCCAUAGAUGUCGUAAAUUGUAAAUUUUCGCGCGAAAAUAUGUAACUGUUUUCACGUAUAUCCGGCGGCAAAAAAUGUAUCAAUUAUUAUGAUUAAUAUUAUUAUUGUGAUUAUUAUUAUUGUAUCGACAAUAACGACGAAAGUAAUGGAAAAUAAUGAAAGUAAUAUGUUGUAAGGGCAAUAAUUUACAAACGAACAAAACACUCUCAAAUAUAUUAUUACGAGGAGACGAAGUCGUAUUUCAAAAUGAGUAAUAAUUAAUAAGGAAAAUUAUAAAAAUGCGACGUUCAACCGCCUCCGAUGGUAAACACGUUCAAUAGUUCUAUCAUCGUACGGUUAUCACAUAGUCUUAGAAAAAUCAAACGAUUCAAUUCGCUAGUGCAAUAAACGAAUUUUAAGAAUCCUUUGGCUCGUGCGUGUUCUAUUGAGAGAAAAAAUAAUGAUAAAUAGCUUGGAACCGCAGCGAAAUGGGGAACGGGUCGCACACAUUUAUGAAUGUUCUAUUCAAUAAGCUUCGAAUGGCUUGUCAUUAGGUGUCAGAUAUUGAAGUUUCGAACAAUCGUUUUUCGAGGGGGGGAGGAAACAUGAAUUAAUAAAUAUGCGCAAAGGAAACAAAGAAAAUGUCGGAUGUUCGUUAGGCUGAGAGGCGAAAGGUUGGAUCGCACAAUUUGAAUUUCAUGAAUUUGUUUUUCGUUCGUUUUUUAUGAAAAUGCGCUAUGGUUUGUUGAGGUGUAAUUGAAAAAACUUGAUCUUCAUCGUCUAUCCAAAUGACAGGUCUUUUCCGUAACUUGAAACAUCAACGACGCACUUGCGGAAAUCACGCAAACUUAGAGAUUCCAAGCGAAUAAUCAAAGGAGAAAUUAUUGUUACACACCAUCACCCAACGUGUCUGGUUUGUUAAUAAUUAUUACAUCAAUAAUCAUGUAAAAUAUUGUAUGUACAAUGUAACCUGAGUGUAUUAUUCGAUAAUACAUUAAAAGAGAUAUGAAAGAAAUAACGAGAAAAGAAAAGAAAAAUAAUACUGAUGACUAUUGACAAUAAAAUGUAAGCUGAUCUUUUCAAAGAUUA